ACCAAAAACAAACUUCCGUUUCAUGCUCCCCCAGUUUCCGGAAGAUCUCUGUACAAUGAUGGAGAAAAUGGAAUCCUAAGACCGUACCCAACUAUUCAAGCGGAUUUGUUAGAAUAAAACGACCAAAGUCCAAGAUAACGAAUAACGACACAAAUACAAGACAGCAGCUGGAUCGUGGUGACUCAGCGAUAGACAGCGUUUAUCUCCAGCUUCUCUCCCUUCGACACCCGAUGGAGGGCUCCGACAGUUCCGAGCCGGGCGCCAGUGACCAACCAGAGGCUCAGCGCAGGCGGCAACGGGACCGGCUAGACCGGGAGGAGGCCUUCUACCAGUUUGUCAACAACCUGAGUGAGGCAGACUACCGGCUGAUGAGAGACAACAACCUGCUGGGUACCCCAGGUGAGAUCACAGCAGAGGAGUUGUUGAGUCGGCUGCAGCAGAUUAAGGAUGGACCAGAGCAGCAGCAGCCUAGCAUCAACACCAGUGAGACUGGAGAAGCUACAGGAGAACUGGCAGAAGGUCCAGAGGACCCGUCUAACGGCGACACCCUCUUGGAUUGGCUGAACACCGUCAGGCGGACAGGCAACACCACCCGCAGUGGUCACCGAGGCAACCAGUCAUGGCGGGCGGUGAGCCGGACCAACCCAAACAGCGGAGACUUCCGGUUCAGUCUGGAGAUCAACGUUAACCGUAACCUGGCUGAGCAGCAGGCCCGCGCGGAGGGGGAGGCCGAGGCGCAGGAGGAGGCCCCAACUAGAGCACCUGGCAAUGGGGUGGAGGUCCAGCCUGAGGCGGGGACGGAGGUGCCCAUGGAGACAGGAGAGGUGCUGGAGGAACCAGUUGUGGAGGAGAUGGCUGUCAUAGUGGAACCAGAAGCGGAGAUGGAGCCAGAGGCUGAAGUAGAAGCUGAGCCAGAGGCUGAAGUAGAGGCUGAGCCAGAGGCUGAAGUAGAAGCUGAGCCAGCGGCUGAAGUAGAAGCUGAGCCAGAGGCUGAAGUAGAAGCUGAGCCAGAGGCUGAAGUAGAAGCUGAGCCAGAGGCUGAAGUAGAAGCUGAGCCAGAGGCUGAAGUAGAAGCUGAGCCAGAGGCUGAAGUAGAAGCUGAGCCAGAGGCUGAAGUAGAAGCUGAGCCAGAGGCUGAAGUAGAAGCUGAGCCAGAGGCUGAAGUAGAAGCUGAGCCAGAGGCUGAAGUAGAAGCUGUAGUAGAAGCUGAGCCAGAGGCUGAAGUAGAAGCUGAGCCAGAGGCUGAAGUAGAAGCAGAGAUGGUCCCAGAGUUAGUAGUAGAGGUAGUCCCACAGCCGCCCAGCCCUGUCACCCCCACCCCUCCUGUCUCCAGACCAGCCAGUCCCCUGGUGCAGGCCCCUCCAGCCGCCCCUGCCCCUCCUAGCCCGCCCCCUGAGGAGCCUCCGCGACGGGGCCAGAGACGAGCCCGCAGCCGUAGCCCUGAGCAGCGCCGGACCAGGGCUCGCACCACACGAAGUCGUUCCCCCCUCACCCUGGACCGACUCCCCCGCCACGUCCCCACCUCAGCCACCUCACACAGCCCCGCCACCCAGGCACCCGCAGAGGGAAGCUCACGGACUCGACAGCAUGUUCUGUCCCGGCAAAGCACCACAGAGUACGAGGCCCAGUCAGCCGGAACAGGGUCUGACACAGGUUCUGGGAACGCCCCAGAGCCCGGUACCACCCCACCCCAGGAGGGAGAGGCCGCGGGCGGGGAGGGAGCAGCAGGGCGACGUCCCCCCACCAUCAUGCUGGACCUGCAGGUGCGUCGUGUUCGUCCAGGUGAGUACCGCCAGAGGGACAGCAUUGCUAACAGAACCCGCUCACGCUCCCAGAACUCCAACAACACCUUCCUGUACGAGAGUGAGAGGGGGGGGUUCCGCAGGACCUUCUCCCGGUCCGAGCGUGCGGGUGUGAGGACGUACGUCAGCACCAUCAGGAUCCCCAUCAGGAGGAUCAGUGAUGCAGGGUUGGGAGAGGCCACCUCCAUGGCUCUGCAGACCAUGAUACGACAGAUCAUGACCGGCUUCGGAGAGCUCAGCUACUUCAUGGACUCAGACUCUGACUCCUCGGACUCAAACCGUGGCGGUGGUAACCCCACUGGCGCUGCCGACCUGGCCGAGGCGCUCAAUACUCCCGAAGGGGGAGUAGCCGGCAUGGCGGAGGGGGCGGAGCCUCCUGUCUCAGUGAGCGGGCAUAGUAUUGGAGGAGUCGGGGAGGCAAGGACAGAGGAGAGGGAGGGGGAGGACGGGAUGGGUCUAGGUCUGUCCCCCGGGAUAGGUUUAGGGGUGGGGGGCACCCCCAGGGAGGGUCGAGCUCGGCCCCGUGCCCCCAUCAGUCUGGAGGAACCAGGGUCACUACCCUUCCUCCGCCUUGCUCACUUCUUCCUCCUGAAUGAUGAGGAUGAGGAACAGCCCAGAGGACUCACCAAGGAGCAGAUCGACAACCUCUCCACCAGGAACUUUGGGGAGAGUGAUGCUCUGAAGACCUGCAGUGUGUGUAUCACAGAGUAUGCUGAGGGGAACAAGUUGAGGAAGUUGCCCUGUUCUCAUGAGUACCAUGUUCACUGUAUCGACCGCUGGCUGUCUGAGAACUCCACCUGUCCUAUCUGCCGCAGGGCCGUGUUGGUGUCUGCUAACCGGGAGAGUGUGGUCUAACUUGGAGAGCUGGAGGUCAGGGGUCAGCGGUGCUCCAGGCAGACAGUAUAUAACACAGUGUCAGUUCUGCAGGCCUUUCUCCUAGUCAGACCACUUACGUUGUUCAUGUUUUCAUUCUUAAGCCAUCACUGACUUUUAUCCAACUGACAUGCUGGUGUUUGGACAGACAGACAAGACAGAGAGACUGACAGGAAGGAAGUAAGGUGAUGUCCUCAUAGACUCUGUAGGAAGAGACGUGAGAAAGAGAUGCAACUGUCCCCUGUUGGCUAACAGACCCCACUCUCCCCUACCUGUCUUACCCCAAAAGGGACUCCACUGUCCCCACCUGACCCUGCUCUCCACCUGAAAGACUUAACUGCAUUUAUCAAUACUCUGGAACGGCUCACAGACUGUCAGUGUGUCAAAGCUUGCUGAAUUAGUUUUUAAGUUAAAACUGUAGAAUGUUGUACAGGCUUUAAUGGGGAGAACAAGAUGUGACGGACUUGGAUUCCGUUGGGAAUUCUAUCCGUUUAUUUGGACUCGUUAUUGCAUCAUAUUCAGGACAUCGGAAUCAAUAGUACUGAUUAUUGAUUAUGAAUUGUGUUGAACCGUUGUUGAGAUGGGAUGUAGGGAUCUGUUAACUGAUGCUCGUAUGUAGUCUAACUCUAGCCCAUCACAUGAAGCAUUUUCUAUUUCUGCCCUCUGACAGUGUUUCAUCAUGACCUGGCCUGUGUACACAAAGCAUAUCACAGUAUCAGUGGGGAUCUAGGAUCAGUCUGUCGUUGGGGGUCUAGGAUCAGUCCGUCAGUGGGGGUCUAGGAUCAGUCCGUCAGUGGGGGUCUAGGAUCAGUCCGUCAGUGGGGGUCUAGGAUCAGUCCGUCAGUGGGGGUCUAGGAUCAGUCCGUCAGUGGGGGUCUAGGAUCAGUCCGUCAGUGGGGGUCUAGGAUCAGUCCAUAUAAUAUUAUUCAUUAUGACCUAAAAGGGCCAACUGAUCCUAGAUUAUCACUCCUACUCUGGGACACUUUAUGGAUACGGGCCCUGAAUGAUAAUGACAACCUCCUUAUGAUCCUAACCCUGUCACUAUGACAACCUGUUGCUUCUGCUACCAUAUGACCAGGAAGUCAACAGACGGCUGCAUUAUGGCUCCGUAUUCACCACCCUAUCUCUAAAUAGUGCACUACCCAUAGGACUCUAGUCAGAAGUACUGCUCUAUAUCGGGGAUAGUGCCCGAAUCACAUUUAUGGGUUCCAUGUGGUGUUGCAUGAAGGAUCUGGAUUUAGACCCCUGCCGGGCCAGGGUUAAGCCCCGUGUCUAACCCAGGCCAGGUUAAACCCCGGCCAGGCCAGGUUAGACUCAGGCCAGGUUAGACCCCGGCCAGGCCAGGUUAAAGCCAGGCCAGGUUAAACCCCGGCCAGGCCAGGUUAAACCCAGGCCAGGCCAGGUUAAACCCCGGCCAGGUUAAACCCCGGCCAGGCCAGGUUAGACCCAGGCCAGGUUAGACUCAGGCCAGGUUAGACCCCGGCCAGGUUAGACCCCGGCCAGGUUAGACCCCGGCCAGGUUAGACCCCGGCCAGGUUAAAGCCAGGCCAGGUUAAAGCCAAGCCAGGUUAGACCCCGGCCAGGUUAAAGCCAGGCCAGGUUAGACCCCGGCCAGGUUAGACCCCGGCCAGGUUAAAGCCAGGCCAGGUUAGACCCCGGCCAGGUUAAAGCCAGGCCAGGUUAAAGCCAAGCCAGGUUAGACCCCGGCCAGGUUAGACCCCGGCCAGGCUGCUGCCUCUGUCCUGUGUUUUGGCCUAGAACUUCUACCACCAAGAGACAUCUUCAUAUCUGGAACACCAGUGCAAUAACUACAGAGUGGGAAAACUGAAGAAGUGUAAUAUUCUCAACUUGUAUAUUAUUAUUUCUAAAAUAUUGUAGACUGAAUAUUCACAGUUAAAACGAAGACUUGUUCCCUUUUAAAAAUGUGUUAAUCUUUUUAUUUUCUUGAGCUUGGUUCUUUCUGUACAUUCUGAUAUAGCGCUCUUUCUUGUCGAGCGGUGGGCCUGUAGGAUGCUGUAGGUUGGCUGUUCACACAGAGGGAGGCAGUGUUCCAUGCCAUGAUGACAUCACAUUCUAUAGGUUCCAUGUGUUCUCACGGUUGCCGUCAUUACCUCCUCCCUGUACAAAUAAAGUUUUGGGUGGUUGAAGCUCUGUUAUUGUUGAUAAUGACCAGUUGUAAAUUAACUGUAUUGUGUCUUUCUGACUUUCUGUCUUACUAACCUGGCUGUCUUCAUCAAGGCCUCCUACUGCACUAUGUUGCAUUGGUCCCAAACCGUUCCCUAUUCCCUAUAGUGACUUACUUUUGCACAAUAAAGGGAAUAGUUUGUUU